AACAGUGCUGGUGUGUGGAGGCAAAAAUAGUGGUCAGAUGGGUUGAGGAAUCUAUUUAAUUGUGAUAUUAUAAAUGUCUUUUUACAUGUACUUCGUCCAUAAAGGUUUUCUCAUUCAAAAGGAGGUCUGCCAUUCAUCUGUCAGUCUGUGUUACAAUGAAGCCAUUUAUCAGACAUUUGACAGAGUGAUUUUCAAGCGAGUUGUGAGGGAAUGUCUUUGGAAGGCACACGCGUCCCUCCAGCAGAGCUCCACUGAUGUGGAGAAUCUAAAACAAGGAGCGUUGAAGCAGUUUAGGAGGCGCAUGAUGGAACUGCUCCGUAAAACACUGUUGUUCUUUAUCUGGGCAAAAGAAAAAGUCUCAAGCAGAGGAUUUAAAGCCACAUGAAAAUUCAUUUAUCGUAUUUUUUUCCUAUGUUUUGGACUUCUGUGGCAUUUGCCUUUUAUUCAUAAUAAAUGAAAAAAGGCAACAGAGGACUUGUCUCAUCUAAGUAUGGGAUCUGUAUGUACAGUUCAUAUAUUAUGUAAGAAACAUGCACUGUAUACCAUAUUCAUAACAAGCAUGCAUGCAUGAACAAACAGUCAUCGCAAGUGUACAUGUACACACACACACACACACACACACACACACACACACACACACACACACACACACCAACGAGUUGGAAUGUUGUGUGAAACCUAAAUAAAACAGAAUGUGAUCACUGUUUUGAUAUACACUUAACUGAAAACAGCAGAGAGACUGUACAUUUUGCCUCGACAGCUUGGACUGGGGAACAUUCCACAGGUAACAGGGUCACUGGCCACAGGUGAUAGCAUCAUGACUGGGUAUGGAGGAGCGUCCUCAGAAGGCUCAGUCACUCACAGGCGAGGAUGGGAUGAAGUUCAGCAGUGUGUCAUUCACGUUUGAAUUGAUUAGUUGCAAUGUAACUAUCCAUUAACUGACUGGCUGGCUGGCUGAGUGAUCAUAAACUCACACUGCAAGACUCACACAGUGAACUUUACAUGGGGUCGGUUUAGGCUGAUGAGGAUGUCUGCCAAAAAAAAAAAAAAAAAAAAAAAAAAACCGCCUCCCGUCACUUGGCAGAAAAUCAUUGCUUGUGUCUUUAUCCUCUGGGCGCGCUCCCAUCUCCUGUAUGCGCGCGCGCGGAAUCCCUCGCGCGCUUGGCACGGACCCGCGCUCUCCAGCCCUGUGUGUAGUAACCCAGAGCAGUACUGCUCUCAGCUAGACAUGGCGGCGGAUCCUAAGCCGGACUGGCUCUCCUGCCUUCCCUCUUCUUGGAGUUAUGGCGUGACUCGGGAUGGACGCAUAUUCUUCAUCAACGAAGAAGCAAAGAGUACGACCUGGUUGCAUCCUGUUACUGGAGAAGCCGUAAUCACGGGGCACAGGAAAACUCCAGAUUUACCAACAGGAUGGGAGGAAGGAUACACAUUCGAGGGAGCUCGCUGCUUCAUCAAUCACAAUGAGCGAAAGGUGACCUGUAAACACCCGGUGUCAGGCAUCCCCUCCCAGGACAACUGCAUCUUUGUUGUAAAUGAACACGUGAAUUGUGGCAAGCUUGUCCACCCUGACAAGCCCCUAGAGGCUCUCACCAGGCCAGCUCCUCAGGCUUCGUCAGAGCAGGGCAGCAGCAGUGACAAGAAGGAACGUCCCAUGAGCACCAUGAGCGAGGCAUCAAACUUUACAGGUGGCUCCGACUACAGCACCUUCCCCGGCAGCCCAGCCACCACCGUCACUACCGCCACCACCACCACCACCUCCACAUCAUCGACACGGCCCUCCAGGUCUUCCAAAAAAGUUCAUAACUUUGGAAAGAGGUCCAACUCCAUCAAGAGGAACCCCAAUGCCCCAGUGGUUAAGAGCAACUGGCUUUACAAACAGGACAGCACGGGUAUGAAGCUGUGGAAGAAGAGGUGGUUCGUUCUGUCUGACAUGUGCCUGUUCUACUACCGUGAUGAGAAGGAGGACAGCAUCCUGGGAAGUAUUCUGCUGCCCAGUUUUCACAUCUCCAUGCUGUCGGUAGAUGACCACAUCAGCAGGAAAUACGCCUUCAAGGCCACUCACCCCAACAUGCGGACGUAUUAUUUCUGCACUGACACAGCCAAAGAGAUGGAGUCCUGGAUGAAAGUCAUGACUGAUGCUGCCCUGGUACACUCUGAACCAACCAGAAGACUGGACAAGCUGAAAGUGGACCAGCGGACACCUCAGGAGCUGAACAAUUUAGUGAACCACAGAGUCCUAACCCGGCCCGAGAUCCAGAACAACGAGCGCAACCGCGAGCCUGUGCGGCAACACUCUCUGUCUCGAGUUGAUGACAAACGGCAAAAAGAGGUCGAGAAACACAACGGCCAGAGGGAGCGUGAGUACUACACCUUACAGAGAGAUGGGGAGAGGUACUCCCUAAAGAAAGAUGGUGUGAGCUACACAGUUCAGAAGGAUGGAGAGCGGUAUCUCCUCCACAAGGAUGGAGAGAAGUACCUGCUGCGGAAGGACGGGGAGAAAUCCUCACUGCAGAAAGACGGAGAGGUGUGUGCCAUUCACAGGGAUCUGGAGAAGUACGCUGUACAGAAAGUGGAUGAAAAGUACACUGUGACGCCAACGGAGGACAAAUACGCUCCGUCUAAAGAAGGAGAGAAGUACCUGCUCGCAAAGGAUGGAGAAAAGUAUGCACUGCAGAAAGUAGGAGACAGACACAUGCUCCAGAAGGAUGGACAGAAGUAUGUCCCUCAGAAGGAGGUGAAGAGACAACUGUCGUUAAGAGAGACAGAGAGAUACAGCACCAUGAGGGAGACUGAGAAUAAAUACGGGACCAUACAAGUUGUGGACAAAUACGGCACUCUGAAGGAAGUGAAGAAAUACAGCACGCUACGAGAGGGGGACAAAUAUGCUUCUCUCAGAGACGUAGAGAAGUAUGCUACGGUCCGCUGUGGGGAUAAAUAUGGCUUCCAGAGAGAGCCCAGUGCAGAGCGGACUCUGACUAAAAUCAGCAGCAUCAAACUGCAGCCAGCUCAAGCGGCCGCCAUCGCAGCAGCAGUGUCUGCAUCUCGCCAGGGACAGGCCAACCUCAGUGUCCAAAAGCCCACGCAGGUCAACGGCUCGGGAUCCACGGCAGGGGAGCAAACCGGGGACUGCACCCCAGCGGAGGUGGACGCCAGCCUGGCUGGGGGUCCAGGCAAGUCCCAUGUUCCAGUCCAGGAGCCCCAGAGUGGCCUGUCCAGGACCAACUCUAUGCAGCAGCUGGAGCACUGGGUCCGCACACACAGGAGAGGACUGGACGAUGAUACCAGAAGUAUUACAUCCUACCAGACCUUACCCAGAAACAUGCCAAGCCACCGUGCUCAGAUUGUGCCCCGCUACCCAGAGGGCUAUCGCACGUUGCCACGCAACAGCAUGAUGAGGCCCGACAGCAUCUGCAGCGUGGCGGGCUCUGUGUAUGAUCGUGCCCUCCGUCCUGCCUCCACCACCACCGUUACCACUGCCGAGAAGAGGAGGUCGAUGCGGGACGACACCAUGUGGCAGCUGUACGAGUGGCAGCAGAGGCAGGCCUUCUCCCGUCAAAGUCUGGCUCAGCCAACAGCUGUGAGUCAUUACGGCACCCUCCCCAGCACAAAGACCAUGGGCAACAUCUCUGAACACGCCGUGACGCACUCCAUCCCUACCUCGCCAUCUCACGGCUCUCUGGCUCUCUACAGCACCUUCUCUCCUCCCCGCCAGCAGGUGGCACCACACAAUCCCAACAGCCCCCACUCUGAGGUGUCCUCACCCGUCUUCAGGGGGGACGUGACGCUGGACCAUCGGCACAAGACACACCUUGCCAAGUACGGCUACCCGCCUGACCGACGAUCCAUCGCAGGCAGUGUCCCUCCUCAGACCAUCACCGCACAGUCCCUGCAAGGCAAGACACCCGAGGAGCUGACCCUGCUGCUGAUCAAGCUCCGCCGGCAGCAGGCGGAGCUCAACAGCCUGCGGGAACACACAGUAGCUCAGCUAAUGGCCCUGGGUUUGGAAGGGCCCAACGCUAAGACUGAUGUUCUUUCCCAUCAUCUUCAGAGGAACCUUAUUUACCUGGACAGCCAGACGAAGGAGAACGAGCCUCUAAUCUUCAUGAUUCACACUAUGAUCGAGAACUCGGCACCAAGGCCGCAACUCUACCAGCAAGAGGAAAUGGCGGGAGGGCGCAUGAGUUGCCCCAGUAUCAGCCCUGACGACUACAAAGACAGCUCCUUCACCCAGCGCACAGAGGAAGCCGACAUCGAUACCAAGCUGAGCAGACUGUGUGAGCAGGACAAGGCAGUGAGGAUGCAGGAGGAGAAACUGCAGCAGCUGCACAGAGAGAAGCACACACUGGAGACGGCCCUGCUGUCUGCCAGUCAAGAGCUGAGUGAACAGAGUGGCUCCAACCCUGCAGCCCUUCAGAGCCUGCUCCAGCAGAAAGAUGUGCUGCAGAACGGCCUGCUCAGCACCUGCAGAGAGCUGUCCAGAGUCAGCACUGAGCUGGAGCGCUCCUGGAGGGAGUACGACAGGCUGGGGGCAGAUGUCACUCUGGCCAAGUCCAACCUGCUGGAACAGCUGGAGGCUCUGGGCAGCCCACAGACAGAGCCUCCCAGCCAGCGGCACAUCCAGAUCCAGAAAGAGCUGUGGAGGAUCCAGGACGUGAUGGAGGCUCUGGCCAAAAACAAACCCCAGCGGAGCACAGACAGCAGUUUUCCUGGUUCCAAACCACUCUCCAGUCUACAGAAGAAUGAGGCAGUGACACUGCUGCCACUCAGUCCUCUCAGGGAGGGUGACAGCGUGCCCCCCCGCCCACCCCUUCCCCAGUACUAUGACUCGACAGAGCGGCCCCCUCACGUGCCCCCCCACCACCCACACGCCAGCGGCCGCCUGCCCCCCCACACGCACCGCCCCGAGGACCGCAAGGCCGGCUCCAGGAACGGAGCCCACAGCCAAGCUCCAGACUACCGGCUAUAUAAGAGCGAGCCUGAGCUUACCACAGUGAAGGAGGAAGUGGACGAGGCCAAUGGUGAGGACAAGGACAAGACAGAGAGCUCUCCUGAUAGGAAAGACACUGCAGCCUUGAAAGUUCCCCCCUACCCGGUGGGCAUCGUUCCUCCCAGGACCAAAUCUCCCAUGACCUCUCCCGAGUCCUGCACCAUCGCCUCCUAUGUUACCCUGAGGAAGACCAAGAAGCCUGAACCCAGAUCAGACCGUCCCAGGAGUGCAGUGGAUCAGACGGGAUUUGGGGAGCGGGAGGUGGGCAGAACGAGGAUGAGCGUGGAGGAGCAGCUGGAGAGGAUGAGGAGAAACCAGGAGGCCUCAUCGCUCCGAGAAAAGAGGAGAGAAACCCCAUCACGCUCACCCUCCUUCAGCAAAGACAACCCUUUUGUUACCCUACAGACGCGGGUCCAGGCAGAGGGGGCCUGUGCAGACCCUGUGGAGCUGGAGGCAGCUCUGCAGCAGCUGAAGGUGGCUGCUGAGGCUGGUGGGACCCACACAGAACCUGCCCCAAAGGAGGUGCAGCGAGCGGGGGAGGUGAAGAAUGACGAGUGUGAGGAAGUGCAGCGGGGAAGGGAGGUGACCCUGCAGAGUGUGGAGGAGCCGCAGGCCGAGUCCAACAGCAUCGACACCGAGCUGUGUGGAAGCCAGAGGGUGGUGAUCGUUGACCUGGGUACAGCGCCUCAGCACGUGGAGAUAGUAAACCUGCGGCCUUUUGAGGAUGAUGAAAGCAGAGAGCAAGAUCUGACAAGCUCGCCAACGAACACCACCACUGAAAACAGCUUCCAGACUCCUGAGCCUGAGACGCCGAGCCCCGAGCCGAGGGAGGAGGAAUCGGACAUUAAGCAGCAAACCGCCAGAGAGGAGAAGUUGGAGAAGAGUCUGGAUUCCUCCAACCAGCUGACAGCAGACGACAAGAAACACAGCAACAACAACAACAACAUGUUGGCUUCGCAGACGUUCACCUUGGUGAGCAGCGACGCGUGAGUGACGCCUGCCUCGACAUCCAAACUGGUGUCCCAUAAAGCCCAAAUGUAGCCAGCCUGCAAACGAGCAUGCUCCACGGCUUCCUGCGUUUACAACAGAACUACUUUGACACUACUGUUACAUGCCCAUGACGAGACUGAGAGGACGGCAGCAGACACAGAUGGGACAUGAAGACGACAGAUGUACUCUAUCUGUAGCUCCUGUUAGAUUUGUCCAUGCUGAUAUGUCUAUGGGCGAAACACCGACUCUAUGGAGUCAUACUUGUCCCAAACAAUGUCUGCAUACAGAUCACAUUGUGAAAUGGUUUUAGUCAGAAAGAGUUACAAAUAAGUUCUGUUUGGCCUGAAAUAUAUCUGCACAAGCACAGAGGUGUAAACUAAGUCUGUGUCUAAAUAACAUGAAUCGCGUUCAAGUUAGAGGAAGAACAAACCCUUUUUCUGGCUUCAGCCAUGCAGGAUCUAUACUGUAGUUAAAAAGGAAGAUGACAUACUCAACUGUCAGCUGAUUUCUAACACUAUAUCAUGGUCUUAAAAAAGUAGCUCUUGGUUUAAAAUGGAGUGUUGUUGUGUGAGCGGCGUCUGUUUUAGCCACCUUUGUGUCUGUUUGGUGUCUUCUUUUAAAAGGUGUUUAAAGGUGCGAUGUUUAAGAAUUGUCCACCUGUCGAACUCGUACUCAAAGACAAUAUGACAGUAUGAUAUGUGGCAGUAUAUCACUCCAUAGACAGGCUACAGAAGUAAUGCCUCACAGUCAUAAAUUACUAUACGCAGUGCUUGACUCUUUAAAUGCAUUUUAAACAGGAUUUUUAAAAGUA